AUGGAAGUUCAUCUCGACGCCGCGGCGAACGGACAGUCUGGUCUCGUCUAUUCCCAAGCCGCGGCGCGCGAGUAUUUUUUUUUCCUCGUGCUAGUAUCGCGAUGCGACCAGUCCAAACCUGUCCGCCGCUUUGACCAGCCUUCACCCCGAGUCCACCCCGAGAUCAGCUGGUCGCUCUGCAUAAAUACUACCGCUGCAUAUGAUUCAAUCUCGCCUGUCAUCGGCCACGCUCGAGAA